GGUCUUUUAUCAGAAAUGCUGGGGGAUAAUCCAAGCGGAUUUCUACAAGUAUAUCACCUCCUGUUUUCAAGACCCAACCAACAUUCAAAACUGCAAUGCCACUUUACUCGCCUUGCUGCCAAAGGUAGACAACCCGAUGAAUAUGGCACAGUUCCGACCAAUUGGCCUCUGUAACGUGAGUUACAAAGCACUUUCCAAGUGCUUGGCCAACCGUAUUAAGAUCCUAAUGCCACGACUAGCAGAAGACAACCAAACAAACUUCGUGCCCAAGUGCCACAUCACAGCCAAUAUCAUUAUUUUGCAAGAAGUCAUCCAUUCAAUGGCACAGAGGAGAGUCAUGGCUUGUGUCACUACAACCAAGAUCCAAGUGCUCUGGAACGGAAGUUGUACAGACGAAUUCAAGCCUUCCCGAGGCCUUAGACAGGGAUGUCCCUUAUCUCCUUAUCUAUUUACUUUAUGCAUUGAAAGACUUAAUCACUGCAUUAAGGAAUCAACUGAGAAAGGGCUUUGGAAACCGAUUUCUUUGUCUAGAGAAGGACCACCCCUAACCCACCUCUUCUUCGCAGAUGACCUCGUAUUGUUUGCGGAAGCUGAAAUGAGUCAAAGAGAGGUGAUAUUGAAAUGUCUGGACAGUUUCUGUUCGGCCUCGGGCGAGAAAGUGAGCAAAGAAAAGUCAUGCAUCUAUUUCUCAAAAAAUACAAAAGAGCAAACCAGAAACAGAAUCAGUGCCAUGAUGCAGAUACCUCCAACCAAGAACCUGGGUAGAUACCUUGGAGUCCCUGUCAUUCAUGGAAGUCACCAAGGAUACUUAUAAAUUUAUCAUAGAAAUCAUUGACAAAAGGUUGUCAGGUUGGAAAAUGCAGAGUUUGUCCAUCGCAGGACGGGUAACCCUUGCUACUUCUGUUCUCAAUGCGCUUCCUAAUUAUGUAAUGCAAACUGUUGUUCUGCCCAUGUCUAUCUGUGAUAUUAUCGAUAAGAAGAUCAGGAGAUUCGUUUGGGGUGGUGAAGAAGGAAGGUCCAAGGCUCACCUGGUUAGAUGGGAGACAAUCUUUAAACCGAAGGAGGGAGGGCUUGGAGUACGGUCGGCCAGAGCCCUCAACAUGGCGUAUAUGUUGAAACUUGGCUGGAAUUUUUUAAGCAAUAAAAAAGAAUUGUGGGUCAAGGUCUUGCAGUGGAAAUACGUGCACAAAGAUACUAAUGGCCACACUGUUCUGCUACAUCAGAGAACAUCCAGACUAUGGCAGGGUAUCCGUAACGCCUUACCGUUGAUGAAACAAGAAACUAUCCGGGACGUGCGGGGUGGUUGCAGCAUCAACUUCUAGAACGAUUAUUGGCUAGCGCAUGGAAUAAUAUUGAAGGACCAUGUCACCAACCAUGGAGCUGGGAUAGAUUGGAAAGAUACAGUAGCUGAGAUGGUGACCAGUACUGGUGAGUGGUGCUGGUCUAAAAUAACCCCCCAUGUAUCUGAGGAAAUUCUUCCUUUGAUUGAAGGUACCGAAGUGCCCAUGCCUGAAUUGGGGGAAGACAUCACGCUGUGGGGCAGAGAGCACGAUGGCAAGUUCAGGCUCUGCUCUGCGUACCGGGCAGCUGCUGACUGGCUCAAGGAUGAAUCGGAGGAAGAAGACAGAAUAGAUGCAGGACAUGAUUGGAAGCAAAUUUGGACAUGGAGCGGGCCGAACAGGAUACGACACUUCCUCUGGCUAGCAUUCCACAAUCGAUUGAUGACGAACAGCGAGCGGAAGAGGAUGAAGCUUUGUACUGAUGACAAAUGCGAUGUCUGCAAACUCACCCCGGAAACCGCAAAACACAUAAUUAGAGAAUGCCCUGAAGCAAAAAAGGUAUGGCAGCAGCUCGAAAUAGUUGACACACCUCUCACUCGUGGCUUGAACUUUGCAUGCUAGAUGGCAAAGCACUUACACGAUGCAAGAAUGGGGCUCCUGUUCGGGGUGGGAGCUUGGUACUUGUGGAAACGGCGGAACGAAUGGACCUUUGAAAAGAAGUAUCAAGAUGCUCACAGCUUAUCUCAAAGGAUCCAUUGUUGGACGAAGACAGUGCAACAGGCGCAGGCAAACGACAGGCUGACAACUAGCUCGGAGAGCGUAAAGAGAACAGUCAAACUUGCUUGGACCCCACCAACUGAGGGAUGGGUGACUAUCAAUACCGAACAGUGUUGUCAAAACCGAACCCUACAUCGAUCCGAAUUAAUGAGAGGUUCAAGGUUUAUCGGAUAACCGUUGAUUAACCGGUAUUAAAAACCGGUCAUAAACCGGUACUUGGCUUCAAAAAGAAUUGAAAAUAUAGAGUAAGAAUAUUUAAAAAGUCCAAACGCUAGAAGUAGUGGGCUAUAGGGUAGUAGGGGUAGGGUCACAGUUAUUUUUCUUCUUACUUUACAUUAUUAAUUAAUUAACAGAUAGCAAAAUUGCAGGCACAAGUUAAAUUUUAGCAGCCCGGCCGUUUUUUGACUGCCGGGGUUGGACUUGUGUCCGAGUCCGGUUUUUACCGGUCUGACCGGACGGUCCGGCCCAGUUUUCAUAACCAUGAUACCGACAGAUCAGUACUGCAACCUAACUCAGAAGCUUGCGCCGGGGGACUCAUUAGAGAUGAAUGUGGAAGGUGCUUGAGGGCCUUUGUGAUUAAUUUGGGCAAGUGUACAAUUACCCGGGCAUAGAUUAAAGGAGCAAUUCAUGGACUUGAGCUCGCAUGGAACAAAGGAUACAGGAUAGU